GCAGUCGGGCACCGAGGAGGAAACGGACUGAAGGAAAAAAAAAAAAGCUGAACCGCACUGUGACUCCCCGAUGUACAGUCCCUAAAUUAACGGUUUUAUAUUUUUAUUUCUUCCGCGAAGAAACCUCACGUUUUUCUAUUUUUCGAAAAGUAACGUAUCUACCUCAGUUUUAAGGAUUUUAAUCCCGGUUUUGAAACUCGGUUUACAUCUUCUUCUACCGCAGGGCUUUUUUUGUACUUUUGUACUUGAUCGUGACGUCGAGCGAUGUCCAGCCCGUGUCUGCUGACCCUCAGAUGAUCCAUGACCACACCUUAUUGAUGCACUUUAUCACCUUUGCGGAGUCUUCCUCCCGCCGCGAACCCCGCAGCUGAUGACCAAAGUGCUUCCCCGCCGUCGCCCCGUGCCACGUGCCUCCUCCCCCAGCCCCUCCCUCAGCCUCACGCCCCCGCAGGACGCCCCGGGAUGUUUCAGAGGUUUGCCAGCGCCCUGUUCGGGGACGACGUGGAGGAGCUGAGCCGAUGCAGCCGACCUGGAGACGGCAAGCAGGAGGAGGAGGACGACGAAGACUGGAUCUUGGUCAACUACCUGGCUGAAGCCUGCUCCAGUCAGUGUGGUGACGGCCUCUCUGGAAGCACCGCUGCUCACCAGGAGGAGGAGGAAGAGGAGGAGGAGGAGGAGGAAGAAGACCUGGUGAUGAUCCCCUCUCCGGUGGCCAGUUCCCCCAUCCGCUACGCCUCCUGCACUUCCCUCAACUCCACGGCCGACACAGACCCGGACGGCGGCGCUGAGGAGGACGAGGAUGAUGAUGAUGAAGAGGAGGAGGAGGAGAGCGGGUUCCUGCGCCUGGACGCCUGCUCCCUGGAGGAGAGCUGGUUCGUCACCCCCCCUCCCUGCUUCACCGGCCGCGGCAGCCAGCCCGUCCUCCUGGAGACCAGCCCCCUGGAGAACCUGCUGAUCGAGCACCCCAGCAUGUCCGUGUACGCCCACCACAGCCCCCCCCGACUGACCCUCGACCCCCUGCAACGCUCACUUGACCGGGACUUCUUGUCCGCCAACAUGUCCACCCCCCCGACAGCCUCAGGUGGGAAGGAGAAGGCGAGACGCACGCUGGACGGCCCCCGUCACAGGCCAGAGGUGGCGGUCGUACAGCGCCGCUCCACCCUCCACUCCGCCUGCUACGCCGCGGCGCUCUCCACCCGCGCCGGCCUCCUGCAGCAGCGCUCGGGAAACACCGCCCAACGCACCCAACCGCUGUCUCGCAACGCCCUGCGACGCCUCAACCUGCUGCUCCCCCCCAAGGCCGGCACCAGACACCUGCACCAGCCCAGCCAGAGGCACCUGAACUUCUGAGGCCACGGCAACCAUCGUCAUCAUCAUCAUUAUCAUCAUCAUCAUCAUCAUCAUCAUCAUCAACCUCGUUCCUUUAAGCAGUGUGGGAAUCGAACCCUCGCCACCCUCAGUCACACGCCGCUGUUUUCUUCUCGUAUCAAGAAAUCAACACCAGCAACAAAACCUCUGUCAUCAGCCUCCACCUCCACCUGAGCUGUUCUGAUUAUCUGUUCUCUGAUUGGACGGUGAAAUAGGGAAAAUAACUGGUGAUCGCUGUCAUUUUAUCAGCUCAUGUCUCCUCCUCCACCUCCUCUUCCUCCUCCUCUUCAUCCAUCCAUCCUCCUUCACAUUGAUGCUGAGAAGAAGGGAUGCAAAAGAGAUGGUCAUCAUGUGCCGCUGCCCCCCCCCCAUCCUCCUCUUCCUGUUGUCCAUGUUUUAUCCUCUCUCCCAUUGGACCAAUUUGUGUCCAAUCACGGAGAGGACAAGUCGCCACGGUGACGUCCUCUUCUUCCUCUCUUUCUUUUUUUCUCUCUUCUUCUUACUCUCGUUCUUUACGGACAACGUCGUGUGUAGAAUCAAUGCUGUAGGUCACUUUACUCGGCGGCAGGUUCGCAGCAAGGCGGCGGGACGGUCAGGUGAGGUCAUCGCAGAGCGACGCUUCGUCCGGCGACUUCCUGGGCAACUUGUCGGGGGAAACAGGAAACAUUUCAGACCCUGAAUCACUUGAACACGAACAGAUCAGCUGCCGUUUAAUCAGAGCAGGAGCGUCGUGCUGAGGCUUUUGAGAGAAGUUGCCAGUUAUUGUCGGGUUUCUGCAACUGGCAACCUGAGCGCUGUUGAUUUCAAACAAGCUGUGACAUCAGCAGCGUGAACUCAACGAGUCGCUGCAGCUGAAAACAAAAGUUUAAAGGAAAAAUCCCCCCAAAUAAUCUGACGCUGUCGUCGUCUACUUCAGCAGUAACACAAAUAAACUUAACAGCUGCAAACGCAGACGCAGUUUGGUCCAUUAAAGGGACAGUCCGCAGAUUAAACAAGUCCACGUCUGAGAAAAUAAUAAAAUGGCGUCAUUUUGUGUCAUCAGGGUUAUCUCAGCUCGUAGAUUAUAUUAUAACAGAAAAUCUGUUUGGAAGUGACGGAUCAGGAUGCUUGUCAGGCAAGGAGGGUCUCAUGAAAGACACUUGUUGCAUCAUGGGAAAUGUAGGAUCCAGUGUGUCUGGAAUUAAAUCUGUCUCUCUCAAGUGCAAAACAAAAAAAGUCUUUCUAAUCCAGAAAAAGAAAUGUCCCUGUAAAAUAUAUAUUUUACAUUUGUAAAAUACAAGAGUUUGAGUCUGUGAAGAAGUGCAAUACUAAAUAACACUACCCCUUUAAACACACCAUGAAUCCUUGUUUUGAAGAAUUUCUUUCACAUUAAACACUGAAAUUAUUUCAUGUUUUGCUCUAAAUCCAACAUUUUUUUUUUUUGGCGACAUUGUGACUCAAGUCAAAACGCGACCCGGGCGAGAACACGCUGCGUUCACAGGUUCUUCUGGGAAACCGGAGGAUGUAGUAACUGAAAACUGAGAGACAGAACAGAGAGUUUUAUGAGUCAACAAAAUCCGAGUCACUUCCUGCAGCUGCUUCGCCUCGUAGUCACUUUUCUGCUGCAGGUACAGACGUUUGAUUUUUAGCAGUUGUGCGUUUCUUCCUUUGUGAUUAUUCACUGCAGUCGUAGAGCGGAGCCUUCCCUCCAUCUAUAGAGUCUAUAGAAUUAAAUACAACACACCUCAGUUAUAAGUGCAAAUGCAAAACGCCUCACCUCUUACUGUUUUCUAUAGUUUUAGAGCAUUUUUGGGGGAUUUUUCCUUUAAUUUCCUGCCUUGAAAUCACCUGUUGUGAGUCGUGCGGCGUCCCCCUGUUGUUUAAACGCGAUGUUCCCACGCUGGUCGUCCUGCGGCGCCGCCUGAACCUGCCUCUGACUCUGUAAUUCAGUACUUUUCACAAUACUUUUUUGAAAAAGGACAAAAAAAAUAAAUAAAAAAGACGGUAAAAAUUACUGGGUUAAAUAUCACUAAACGCCUUGUUUUAACGGUAGCUUUGAGAUAAAUAGAAAUGUAAAAAAAAAACAAAAUGUAUUUAAAAAAAAAAAAAACUUCCAAAAUAUUUUUUGAAAAGAAAAAAACAAAUUACAUAUCAGUAUGAAGUUGGUAUAUAUGCGUCUAUGGUUUCUUGCUUAGGUAUGUUUGGUUAUGUUAGUGUGCAAUCUGUUGCAUGGUCGUAGAGUUGUGUCAGUGUCACGAUGGUUGGGAAAAAAAAAAAAGAAAAUGGAAAAAGAUUAUUUUUCUUUUUUUUUUUUUUGUAAUUUUAAGUUUUUUGUUUGUUCUUAAACGAAUCUGCAGUCCACUUUUCAGGGUCACAACCAAUCACCUUUACACUUUAGGAAGAUGCAGAUUUACUUGACGGCUGAUGAUUCUUUGUGCGUGCUCUCAGACUUUUCCAGCUCUGUCCUCGCGAGAUUUCCCUCGUGAAGAUGUUUGUGAGAAAUUAUUGACUUUUAGAAAAUUGAUCCUGGUCCCAGGACUGUGAAAACGAACUCAGUCGACUGUUGGAAAUCCAUCAUGAUGGAGAGAAACCUGUUGGUCUUCUUCUGCGUUGUUUAUAUAUAUAUAAAAAUAAUUUUUUUGCUCUAAUGUUCCUAACAUGGUUUUAGAAAUGUACUUUAUGCUUUUUAACUCUUCUAUUUCCCAUGUUAACUUAGUUACAUUUUGUUAAACUGUUCAAAUAUUUAAACCAAAAAAUUAGCAGUGACCUUUAACCUUUCACUAGUUUAUAAUACUGAUGUUCUUUUGUUUUGUUUUUUUUGUUGUUGUUGUUGUUUAACUUGAGUUGUAAACAGCUCGGGGUCUCGGCGCUCUGACACGGCGGACGCGGCUUGAUGUGUCCGCUGUAGGGAAAGUGGAGCCCGGGCCGAGUCACCACACUGCAGGAGGAGAGAGGGACUGGAUCUGAAGUACGGAAGCCCAUUUAUGUCAAGAAGAGAAAAAAGAUUAAAUCUUAGGAAUGAAAAAAUAGAUUUAAAAAGAUGCGCAUGGGGAGUCAAAAAUAAUGAGAUACAGAGACAAAGUUUAAGUCUGAAUUAUAACUUUUCAUGACUGUGACAUAAAGGGUCAAACAUUAGACUCUAUCUGUAUGAAUAUACAUGUAUAUAUAUUUAUAUAUACACAGUACAUACAAAUGAAUUUCAAAGUUUCACCUUAUAAAUUUUGACUUGUUGUCACAAAGAAAUAUAAGAUAUUAUCCCACUGUAUAUUAAUCUAAAAUUUUGUCUCUUAAAGUCAGUAUUUGCCUUUAUUAUCUCUAAUUUUAUACAUGGUAUCUCAACAUUGUGAUUUACUCAUUCCUGACUUUUCUUCAUCUUUUAUUUCUUUUCCUGGUAGAAAUGAGCUUCACCACUGAGUCCUACGUUGAAACUGAAAGAUGUAGGAUGAAUUUUAUUUUUAUUUUUAUUUUUUGUGUGUGUUCUUGAAUGAUCUUGAAACAGGUGAUCAAACUCAAACUUCACAUUUUGUUCAAGAAGAUUCUUGAUCAAAGAUCCAACCUCUCAGUUUUGUUGACCGAAACACAUCCAGAGAAAUCAAUAAGAUUAAAUUAAGUCAUUUUUAAAGGUGAAGUUUGGGGAACACAUCCUGUUGAAGACACAAAACGUAUCUGUGUUGUGUGAUUUUUAGGGCUCAGUAAAGACUCAGUCUCGUGUGGUGGAGGCCGUUUGCAGUGUGGCGUCUGAAUCUCCAGUAAAAACCUGACUUCACUUUGUCUGUGGUCGUGUUGACGGGACGGUAGCAUUAAUGAGAAAGCACUAACAAAGGUUUGUUAGGCGUCCGUAUGGUUCGCUGUAAAUAAUCGAAACGAUAGUGGAGUGGUUCAAUCUCUGGUGUAUUUAAGCUUCUCUGUGUUUCUCCAGUGUCUCUCUCUCUCUCUCUCUCUCUCUCUCUCUCUCUCUCUCUCUCUCUCUCUCUCUCUCUCUCUCUCUCUCUCUCUCUCUCUCGUCGAGCUUUGCAAUUGUGGACGAUGUUGUUUUGUGUUACUGCGAUGUUUUUAAAAAGAGACAAACUUAAAGACGGAAGGGAUCCUGUCUCCUCCUGCUGUCAGGAGCCUUUAAUGUUUUAUCUUUAUUUUCAGUUUCUCUUCUCAUCUCUCCAUCAUCAAACUAACAGGGAUUUGUAAUGUUUUUUUGGUUUUUUUUUGUUCAAUGCCUUGAAAUUUGUGGAUCACGUGCCUUCCAGGUUGAAAUAUUGUAAUGACAAUGCAUCAAUGAAGAACUUGAACUCUCUUUUUUCUUUUAAAUUCUUUUUUUAAUGUCCAGUGUGGACAAAAUAAAUAAAUAAAAACACACGAACAGACAUCAGAAACCAACUAUGCACCACUCGGAGGAAGCUUGUUGGCUCUCGCCGCCGCCGCCACCCGCCCAGCCCGUGUACAGCUUUUAUAUAAUGACUCAACAAAACCAGACAGAAUGAUGUAGCAAAACCUCUUUUCUCCUGUUGUUUAUUUUACAAAAGUGUGAAGAAUAUUUUGUGGCAUUUUUAUUUUUCACCAAGUGUUAGACUUUUUUUUUUUUUUUGCUUUUAUUUGUGUAGUUUACUGGAAUAAUACAGCACUUUGCCAAAAAGAAAAAAAAGGUGUAGGAAUUAUAGGGUUAACUUUUUAUUUAUCGACAUAACUGGUCUCCUUCUUUGUAUUUUGGAUGAAUGAAUGAUCAACUCUCUCUGUUCUGAUGUCAGAAACAAAAAAUAUUGCUAAUUAAAAAGUGGGGUCAUCUGUUCUCGAACUGUAAUAGUUAAUACAUGUGAUCUCUCAUUAGCUUAUAAUAAAUGUUUUCAUACACA